CGUCCCAAUUCUAUCCAAUCCAAUCAGAUAAGGCCACGUUUCACACUCGUUAGUUACCUGGAGUUGAUCCCAUGUGAGCGCUAUAGAUCCCAGGCUAUCCUUGUAAAAUGGAAUCUUCUUUCUUUUAUAGUCUUUAGUUAUAUUUCAUCACUAAAAAUUCUCGAAUCUCCAUAGGAGGUCUCUUUUUCUUUGCUUAACAUAUUCAACAACAAAGAAACCAAAAAAGACCAAAGCCACCAGAGUCUUCUUUCACAGCCCUUACAGUUCAAAGUUGAAACUACUUUCAAGGGACUGUGUAUAUUACAGAGACUUUUCCAAUUUCUUCCCCUCAAUGUGAUCAAUGGUUGUAGUUUAGAAGGCAAUGGUUGCCCAACCUGAAGCAAAUGGAGACCAAUGGUAGCAUUCACCAUUCCCCUGAAAAUCAUCCAUCAAUGUGUUCAAAUAAUGCUAACAAAGAUCAAUCCACUGAGAAGGAGGUUUUUGUCAACCAUGCUGAAAUAAUUUGGCAUGAGAUUAGAAGACAGUGGAUUGGGGAUCAGUCUCAAAAAUCAAAAAGAACGCCCCAGGAACCAAUAGUGAGGGCAGCCGCAUGGUAUCCCUUGGUUCUUCGGUUGAAUGUUCACCUUCCUUAUAUUCAGUUUUUUUGCGCUGGACCGCAACUUAUGAGGAUUUGCUUUGUUCGACUGAACUUUUUCAACAGCCAAUCCCAUUAGCUGAGAUGGUGGAUUUUUUAGUUGACAUCUGGCAUGAGGAAGGCCUCUAUGACUAGAAACUUGGGAAAUUUAUUAUUUUAGUUGCACAGUUUUUGGUGCAAGAUUGAUCAAGAUGAAGCAAAAGUACACAUAGGUUAUACAGAUUUUCACUGUCUAAACUGAUUGAAUGAUAUUACCUUGUUGGAUUGUCUUGUUCUUGAUUAGAUGAACAUGAGUCACUAAAAUCAAUCCCCUGUAGCGUUUAACGACACUUGGGGGACUUUUAGUUCAUAUAUUUGUCUAAUCUUCUCGAGUAAGAUUAUUGCUGUUUUUGCUAUUUGCGCUUUGUUUUUUUUUUUUCUUCAAAUGUUGUUGUAAAGCAAGAAGCAACCACCUAAAAAUAGAAUCUUCUUAUUUGAUUAAAAAUAUGUGAUUAAAUAAAACUGAAACUUGAAUUUAAGCCAAUUUAUCCUUUUUUUUUUUGCGGGGUGUAGCUUGGGCCUUGGAAGAGGCUGUUAAGGCCUCACAAAAGUGUCCCCCAUGAGCAUAGGCUAACAACAGCAGCUGAGUAGACUCCCAUGAGAGGAAUGUUUCUUCCAAACCAAGGUCCCUGGACUAAUCGACUGACCACGGCCUGGAAGGGAAGUUUUUUAGAUGAUUAGCCCUUUCCAUACCAACUCGGAAAAAACAACUGAAAGGCAUCCAAAUGUGAAGAAAUAUCGAUGAAGCAAGACCAUAGACGAAA